AUGCACCCGAAAGCGCAGGACAAGGAGCUGCUGCAGGUGUCGUCGCUCGUGGACUCGCUGUACUUCAUGGGGAAGUGCAACGAGCCCAUAGACUCGUGGAUCCGGCUGGUGCGCUACCUCGCGAAGAAGAAGGUGCCUGGGUUUCCCGAGCAGGGCUACGGCACGUACUACAAUACGGAGGCGUUGGCUGCCAAGGCCGCAGCGGAGGCGAUACCAACCUUCAACAUGGUUGACGACAUGAUCCACGCCGUUGCAGAGUACCUCGGGCGAUCGUCACCGUGGCAUCAGCGCUUCAUGGAGCUGCAGGAGGUGUUCACAUCCACCAACCUCGAGGUCCAAGGAAUAAUCGACGUGCGGUGGCUUUCAAGAGGAGCUGCAGUCGCCCGCUUUGUCCAAGUCCUUCCUGCCAUCAUGGUGAUGUUGUCGGAGUGGAAGGACCAGACCAUGUACGAACUUGUCACGUCGUACAGGUUCCAGUUCCUCAUCAGGUUCCUCGCGGACCUGCUGGAGCAGCUCAACGUCCUCUCCUCGGUUUUCCAGAAGCGGGAGCUCGACUACGCGCUGGUGCACACGCAGAUUGUGCGCACAACAUCGAUCUUGGAGAGCCGGUACGUCGACUGUGGAGACGACUUCGGGGGGGGGCCCACCGAGAGGCUGUACCGCUUCAUUGAGAAGCACGGUCCGAGUGGGUCACCAGAAAUGGUGGUGGAAGGAGCAUCGUCCGACGGCAGUCUCAACCGCUUCAAGGUAAAACUUCACGAGUGCACCAACCCGAGCUAUCGUGGGCCAGGUUAUCACGACGACUGCGUGGCGCUCUGCACCGACAUGGCCAAGCUCGUCGUCGAGAACCUCCAGUCAAAGCUCGGCGACCUUGACUCUCUUUCCGGAGCGAGGCCAUUCAUUCCAGACAUGUGGCACCGCAUUGGGACCGGGACGCACGGUAGGCACAGUGCUUGGAGUGGCUGUUGUCGCUUGUCACGUUGUUUCGCGCAGAUGAAGCAGACGAGAUCCUACCAGGUCAGUUUAUGUGUCACCCCGUUCCCCCUUUGA